CAGCCUCUCGCCCCCAGGUGGACGGCCAGGUGGUGACCCUCCCAGUGCAGUUGGGCGCUGAGGUCCACAUGUGGCGGCAACAGGGCCAGGUGCGCUUGCAGGUGGGCACCAGGCUGCAGGUGCACUUCAGCGGGCGCCACACACUGCUGCUGCGGGUGGGACCCGAGUACCGGGGCCGGUUGUGCGGCCUCUGCGGCAACUUCAACGACGACCCCGAUGAUGACAAAGUGCUGCCUAGCGGGGCACCGGCCCGCAGCGACGCUGAGUUUGGCAAUGCCUGGCAGACCCAGGACAGCGGGCCCAGCUGUCGACAAGACCUUGGGGACACCCAGCCAUGCCAGGACAGGGCCCGAGUGGAGCAGCUCUGUGGAACCCUCACCAACCGCUCCGGGCCUUUCGCCGAGUGCCACUGGGCUGAGGCUCCGGCGUCCUACAUGCAUGCUUGUGUCUUUGACCUGUGUCAGUACGGCACGGGCAACCGCAUGUUGUGUGCCGCGCUCGAGUCCUAUGCCCAGCUCUGCAGCCUACGCAGCAUACGCCUGCCGGAGUGGCGCACCAGCCUGGGGUGCAGUAUGGCGUGUCCAGCCAACAGCUACUACGAUUUCUGUGGGCCACCCUGCCCAGCCACCUGUGCUGACCUCAAUUCCUCAACGCCCUGCACCCGCCAGUGCACAGCUGGCUGCUUCUGCCUGGAGGGCUUCGCUCUAGAAGCGGGUGUCUGUGUGCCCCUCGCUCACUGCGGCUGCCACCUGCAGGGUCGCUACAUCCCUCUCGGUGCAGAGGUGCUGCCCACAGCCACCUGUGACCAGAAGUGUGUAUGCCGGGGGCCCGGGCAGCCGCUUGAGUGCCGCCCUCACGCAUGUGGGCGUCGUGAGCGGUGCCGCCAGCGCCAGGGAGUCUGGGGCUGUUAUCCCAUGCGCUUUGGGACCAUGUGGCUCUAUGGAGACCCCCACCUGCGCACCUUUAAUGGGACCCACCGUCAUGUCCGAGGGCCUGGCCGGGAGCUCUUGGUCAGAACAUGCCAGCCACACCAUGCCCCCUUUGCCAUUUGGGUGGAGAUCAGGCGCCUAAAGCCCUGGGCUGCCACCUGGGCCCAGCAGGUGGACGUGGAUGUGGCCGGAUGGCAGCUGUCACUGCUGGCGGGACAGUUCGGGAUGGUCCAGGUGAAUGGAUCCCAAGCCCGCCUGCCCCUGAUACUGGCUGGGGGUGCGAUCCGGGCCUUCUCCAGCUCCUCAGCCAUCACAGUCCAGGCAGCUUCUGGCUUCUCCGUGGCCUUCCAUGAGACCCGAGCCCUGUGGGUGACAGUGCCUGAGACCUACACAAGAGCCCUCUGUGGCCUGGGAGGAGCCUUCGAUGUGGACUUGCAGGAGGACCUUGGGGGUCCCAAUGGCACGUGGCUCCCCAACAUCCCUGGCGCACCCAUGGGCCCAGCACCCCUGUGGCCACAGGACCAAGAGGCAGCCAUGUAUCAGACCUCCUGUGGGGUGCUAGGUGCUCCAGGGGGGCCUUUUGGGGCCUGCCACAAGAACGCAAACAUUCAGGUCCUUGUGGAGAACUGCAUCCUGGACCUCCAUGCCACUGGGGGUGCGCAUGACACACUGUGUGCCGUGCUGGGGAGCUACACCCGGGAGUGCCAGCGACGUGGCCUCCCAGUGUGGCCCUGGAGACAUCUCGUGGCCUGUGAGCUGGCCUGCCCGCCCCACAGUCACUAUGAACUCUGCGGUUCCUCUUGCCCCAGCUCCUGCGCUGAACCUGCACUGCCCGACAGCUGUCCCACGCCAUGCCAGGAGGGUUGCCAGUGUGACCCUGGCUUCAUGCUCAGUGGCACGGACUGUGUGCCCCCCACGCAGUGCGGCUGUUCCUUGGAGGGGCGCUACCACCUGCUCGGAGAGAUCUUCUGGGCAGGGGAGCGCUGUGAGCGGCUCUGCUACUGUGAGGCCUCCACUGGCAUGGUGCGGUGCUCCCCGUACUCCUGUGGGCCCGGGCAGCGCUGCGGGGUCCUCAGGGGUGUGUUUGGGUGCCACGCGCUCUCCCCUGGCACCUGCCAGGCAGCCGGGUGCUUGGACAUUAACACACAGGACGGGAGACCCGAUGAGUUCUCAGGCACCUGCACUUCUGGUUUUGCCACAUCUGAGGGCACCUCUGGCUCUCUGCCCUUUCACAAGGUAGAACUUGGCAAGGAGGAGAACAGUUCUGACUAUCCUGCCGAGAUUAUUCCAGUGACAUCUUUCCCGGUGCAGGGGGUCCACGCUUGUCUGCAGAGAGAGGUGUCAAGGCCGAGUACCACAGGGAACAGCUCCACAGUUGUCCAGGCAGCUGCACGCACCUGUCCGUCCAGCCCUUUGCCCCCAUCAUGUCCCAGAAGUGAGACCCUGGAGUACGGAGGUGACACAACUUCUCUGGUCCAGCGAGGCCGCUUAGUGACCCAAGCAGAAUCCCUCUUGUGAGUGGUGGGGAUCCAUUGACGCCUCUGUCCCGCAGCCCUGAGCUGGCUCCUCUACUGCUGGAAGCUUGAAGAGCAGUCAGAUGAAGGAUCCA